AUGAGUGCCGGAAUUCACCGAAAGCGACUGGCAUGUGUCGAAUGCACUCGCCGAAAGGUCAAGUGCGACAAAAUCUUGCCGUGUCGCAACUGUACGAGGAAAGGCACCGAGUGUACUCGGCCGCGAGAGCAAGACUCCCAGAGCCCCAGCAUACCACGAUCCGACGAGUCAACGGAGCAAGCUAUACGGGCCCGGCCGAGCACAGAUGCCUCGCUUAUCAUUGAGAGGCUUCAAUCGAGGGUCGAUCACCUGGAGGCGGCCCUGCGAGAAGCCAGCGAGUUCCGUCGUCGGAAAGUUCCACGACUUCAGGGACCGCUCAACGGCACAUCUUUCUCGCCUGCAAGAUCAAUAGUCGGCCAGCCAUCGCCAUUCUUCAUACCGGACUCGGCAAUUGCAGAGCCUAGGUCGACGCCAAAGGAGGUGGAAGAUGCCGCGACAAUUCUUGAAUUUCUCGCAUGGGGCCGCCGCAAAGAUCCCUCCUACCAGGAUGAAAUUGUGAAAAGAAGCCAUCUAGCCCACUCUCCGGGCGAUCUACCUGGCGAAGCUGACUGGGAGAACUCCCUUAGUUCAGGACCAUCUGCAAUCACUCUUUGCCAGCUAUUGCUACCAACGAAGGCGAAAGUAUACCAGCUGGUCCGCUAUCAUUGCGAGUGUCUACUGUGGUACCACGGGGCAUUCCACGCAACUAUGUUCCUUGAACAACUGGAUGCGUUCUACAGUCAAGGCGGCGGACUCGUCGAUGGGCCAGGCGUUGAUCUACAAUGGAUAUCCCUUCUAUUCGCGAUACUCACUGCGUCACUUGCGAGUGCACCUGCCUCGAUCACUCUUUCAUGGGGAUUUCGCGGCCAAGAAAGAGAGACCCUGUCUCAUCGCUGGCUUCAAGCCUGCAUCGCCUGUCUCCACCAAGCAGAUUAUAUGGCCUGCCAUUCAAUUUAUUCAGUCCAGUCUAUUGCGACACUGACGAUUUCUGCUCACAUGCUAGGUCAUUCCAACGGUUUCUCGGUACUUCUCGCCUCCGCAGUUCGGAUUGCCCAGGGUCUCGGAUUGCAUCAGCUGGAUGGAGAUCAUGAUGAUCGGGCCAGCAGUUCGCUUGGCCGAGAGAUCGGCCGUCGCGUUUGGUGCCAGCUUUGCAUUCAAGAUUGGUUUUCCAUCCCCUUCACCGAAAGUUACUUGAUUCAUCGGCUCUGCUUCAAUACCGAGAAGCCGCGAAACUGCGACGAUGACCUGGUGACUCUUCCCGAUGAUCAUCCAACGGUCACCGGUUACUCGCGUCUAUUUUAUGAUAUUGCAGCCCUGAUGCCGACCCUGCAGGAUGAUUUCAACUCUUCGAAUACCCUUUAUACCCGGUAUGAAGAGGUGCUCAAGUAUGACCGACAGUUACGCACGCUGGCUACCCAGCGGCUUCCGCGUUAUUUGCAAAAUGUUUCCACCGACCCCUCGUGGCCCCGCUAUGUUCCAUGGGCAAGGCGUAGCCUAGCCAUCAGUUCUGCUCACAAGGUAAUCAUGAUCCACCGAAAGUUCUUGAGCCUGAGCUUCGUGAAUCCAAUGUUUGAAUUUACUCGAAAAACAUGUGUUGCGGCUUCGCGUACCAUUAUCAAAGAGCAAAAGGAGGCAACCGAUGAGAACGGGCCCCUUCUGUGGAUACACCAGGCGUUCAGCGUCACGGCGAGUGUAGGUAUUGAAUCCAAAGACCCGUGA